UAUCUGUGAGAAAGAUGUUGAUGCAUAAACUCGGAAUCGUUGCAAUCAUCUUAUGCGCUCUGAUUGAUUACUCAAUAGCGGAACCAAGAGUCGUUUGCUAUUAUACAAAUUGGAGUGUUUAUCGGCCAGGAACAGCAAAAUUCAAUCCACAAAACAUAAAUCCAUAUUUAUGUACUCAUUUAAUCUAUGCUUUCGGUGGUUUCACCAAAGAUAAUCAACUGAAGCCCUUCGAUAAAUAUCAAGACAUUGAACAAGGUGGAUAUGCCAAGUUCACGGGCUUAAAAACUUACAAUAAAGAGCUUAAGACUAUGCUAGCCAUUGGAGGUUGGAAUGAGGGAUCGACGAGGUUCUCGCCUUUAGUGGCAAGCUCCGAAAGAAGAAGUCAACUUAUUAAAAACGCUAUCAAGUUUUUACGUCAAAACAAGUUCGACGGUUUGGAUUUGGAUUGGGAAUAUCCUGCAUUCCGUGAUGGUGGAAAAGCAAGAGAUCGUGACAAUUAUGCGAAACUGGUUCAAGAACUUCGUGAAGAAUUUCAACGUGAACAUGAUAAAACUGGUAGACCACGACUUCUCUUGACAAUGGCAGUUCCAGCUGGCUUAGAGUACAUUGAUAAAGGCUACGAUGUUCCAAAGCUUAACAAACAUUUAGAUUGGUUCAAUCUUCUCAGCUAUGAUUAUCAUUCAGCUUAUGAACCUUCAGUGAAUCAUCAUGCACCACUUUAUCCAAUAGAAGAAGAAAACGAAUACAGCUACGAUACCGAUUUGAACAUUAACUCCACCAUCAACUAUUACUUGAAAGCUGGUGCCAGUCGAGAUAAGCUUGUUUUAGGAAUUCCUACAUAUGGUCGAAGUUAUACUUUGUUCAAUGCUGAGUCAAACGAAAUUGGAGCACCAGCCGAUGGCCCAGGUGAUCAAGGCGAUGCUACACGAGAGAAAGGUUAUUUGGCAUACUACGAAAUCUGUCAAAGUAUCAAUGAAGAAGAUUCUCAGUGGACAGUUGUACAGCCAAAUCCUGAUGCACUCGGACCUUAUGCGUACAAUGACAAUCAAUGGGUUGGAUAUGACGACGAAGAAAUUGUGAGAAAAAAAUCGAAAUUUGUCGUCGAACAAAACCUCGGUGGGAUCAUGUUUUGGUCAAUUGAUAACGAUGACUUCAGAGGAUUGUGUAAUGGAAAGCCGUAUCCGCUAAUUGAAGCCGCUAAAGAAGCUUACUUUGACGGUAUUUCUAACGGAGUUCCAACGAGAAAUACCAUCAGCUCAGGCCGAAAACAAGUGAAAGUUGCGACAACUACUACGAAACGACCAGAUUCAAGAAGCAAAAGCGGUGGGAAAUUCACUACACCGCCCCCGCCAACAACACCGGACCCUGGCAGUGACUUCAAAUGUGAAGACGAAGGUUUUUACGCCCAUCCACGCGACUGCAAAAAAUAUUUCUGGUGUUUGGAAGCUGCUGGUCUCGGAAUUGUUGCGCAUCAAUUUACUUGUCCCUCUGGCCUUUAUUUCAACAAAGCAGCUGAUUCAUGUGAUUACACAAGAAACGUGCUUUGCUCAAAAACAACAACGACCAAAACAACAACAACGACAACUGAAGAACCAGUAACAAGAACGACAACGACAAGAGCUGCUGCUGUAAGCACAAGAACAAAUCCACUGUACAGAAGUCCAAGUCGAACAACCCAACGAACAACAACUACGACAGAGUAUGUCGAGCCAAUAACUGAACAGCCUGAGUUAGAUCAAGAAGAUCCAAGAGUUAUUAAAGAAUUGAUUGAUUUGAUUAAGAAGGUCGGGGGCGUUGAAGAGUUGGAAAAGCAAUUGAAUUUACAUGAAGAAGGUGGAACCGUUACGUUAAGUUCAAAAUCAGAUUCAAGAGUCACGACGUCAUCGCCUAUUAGUAAAUCGCUAUACGACAAAAUUAAAAAUCGUGCUUCAGUAUUGAAAACCAAACCAGCAUUUAAUGGAGCAUCUCAACCCGAAAGAGUUCUCGAACGAACUGAAGUGAAAGAGAGAUCAACAACAUCAACGACAGAAGCUUCAUUGGUGUCAAGAAAAUAUCAGACAGUAAAUCGGUUUAGUCGUCCAGGUCCUCAAAGCUCAGGCAUUGAGAGUCUACCAGAAUCCGAUGCAGUUCUGAUUGAGAAACCCCAAUAUACUGUAAUUAGCAGAAGAAAGCCAGCAAAACCAGCUGUCGUCGUUGAAAAUGAUUACAAUGGAGACUCUGAAAGUUCUUCUGUUGAAGACAUUAAGAAAUCUGAAGAAAAAUCAGAAAAAUUCAGUGGAAAACAAAAAUAUGCAAGCAUUUCUCGUUUACGACGUCCACAAGUUCAAGUUAUUGACGAUGAAAAUGACUCAGAUGAAGAAGAAGAAGACAUUUUCCCUCUUCGUAGUUCAGUUACUCAACAGUCAACACCUUCAAGGUCGACCUCUAAGUAUGUGAAUCUCAGCCGUAGACGAUCAACAACAUCAGCACCAGAUGUGGAAAGAAUCGAUGAUGCCGAGGAAGAGACAACGACGACAACGACGACGCCCUCAAGACGAAGACUCUCGGAAUCAACUCCAACACAAAAAACGGUAUUGAGUGUUAAUAUUAACAGAAAUAAAAUUCAAUCAAACAUUCAAGACAACAUAGACACAAUUAAAACUCUUGAAAAGGAAAUAUUAACAGGAAAUAAGAAUACAUUGGAUGAUGAUGACAACUUUGACAAUAUCAUUGCCCUUCCUACAGAACCCGUUACCGAUAAUGUUCCUUUCCCCGAAAAUAUUUUCACGACAGGAACUCCAAGUUCCACGACACCUCCCACAACAACCCCCCAAAGUAUUCAGGUAACAGAAUCUGCUAAUCAAAGCGAGUCAUUGAAUGAUAUUCUUGAUGAUGGAUCGAAUGAAAUUGAUCCUGAAACAACCACUUUAAUUAUUGACUUGGGUAUCAUUGAUAGUGGCAAAUCUAAUCUAAUCGACAUUUUAAGUUUCCGCGAAAAGUCGAAUUCACUCGCCCCAAGACCCUUUUCACGUCCCUCUUUUACACGCACUAGGCCCACUGUAAGUAGUAGAAAUGAAUUUAGCACGUCGACAAAAUCAUCAACAACCACACAAGAACCAACUUCGAAAAGCACGCGAUCCAUUCGUCGUCGUCCAACAAGACAAUUCACUACAGUUGCUGACACUGAUAAUGAUUUAGAAUCGACAACACGCGGUCAUUACACAUAUCGACCUGGUUAUCGAGGCACUGCACGUUUCAGACCAUCGACGACUAGAUCUGGAGAGUAUGAAUACAAAGACAAUUUACCUUUUAAUAGUUAUGAUCCGAUUGAAAAUAAUCGUUUGAGAUCGUUGUCUUAUGACCGAGCUUCAAAAAGACCAAAAGCUUCGACUGAAUCAUCGGAUAAUCCAACAACGGAAGGUUCAACACGUCGUCGUUUAAAUACUUCAAGAAGAUCCUUCACAUCAGCAGCAAAUAAUCCUACUCGCAAUGAAGAAAAUCAAACAGUGGAACCGUCUUCAACAACAGAAGGCACAACAAGACGACGAUUAAUUACAUCAAGAAGAUUCUUCUCUUCAACGACAAACAAUCCAAUAUCAAAUGAAGAAGAAGAACAAACAACUGAACAAAGAAUCGUUGAAGCAAAGAAUUAUUUUAAUUUAGAGAAAGGUGAACGCCCUGAAAGAAUUCGCUUUGAAUUAGCAGUUGGAAGGAAAAUUGAUUUUGGAUUUAAGCCAACAAAAAUUGAAAACAAAACAUCGGAAAAUGAUUCUAGUAAGGUGACAGUAAUUACAGGUCCAUUAAAUAAGUCGCCAUUGGUGUCAAGUCGAGAUUACAAACAAGGUCAUGUUGAAGAAAUUCCAUUAACGAAUAUUGAGAAAACUGAAACUGUCACAGUUCAAAGCUUUUCCGAUAAAUUGGAUUUGAGUGAAAUUCCAUUGAAUAAAUCUGACAUUGAAAGUUUCGUACGUGAUGAAGACUUAAGAACUGAUUCACUUGCAGAAACAACGACAAGAAAGGCUCGUUUAAGACCAAGUAAAAUCGGAUUUUUAAAGCGAUCUCAAGUUGUAAGCGAAAGCAUUGAAGAUGUUGUCGAAGAAACAACGAGCAAUGCAAUUGAUAAUAAUUCGAAACAAGAGUCAACUACAAGUCGAUUACGAUUCCGUCCAAGUAGGAUUGGCUUUGCACAAAGAACCCAAACAGAAUCAACAAGCACUGAAACUCAAACACAAACUUCACAAGUUGCUGAUAAUGAACCUACAAGCAGAUUCAGUUUCCGUCCUGGACAAACACGAUUCCCUGCAAGAGUAAAAGUAAUUAACAAAGAAGCGAGUAACGAAGAUAUUGACGAUGAAAGAAUCGAAGAACCAUCCACAAGACGUUCUCGUCCACUGCCAUCAAGAAGUCGCGCGACACUCCGAUCGAGAACAACGACAACUGAAAGUGAAAACUCUUUAGAAAACAUUGAAACUUCUACUUCUCGUAAACGACCUUCUGGAUUUAGAAGAAGAUAUUCACAGCAAACUCAAGUAGAAGCAAACAAACUCGAUGAUUCGAAAACAGAAGAAAGCACAACAAGUAAAUUACAAAUUCGUCGUCUUAUUCCAAACAGGUUUGCACAACAAUCUAAGAUUAAGGAAGUCAAAAUUGAGGAUGUCAAUGAGUUACAAACUGAAGGUCCGAUUGAUGAAACAACGCUACGAAGAUUACGGUUAAGGCCGAAUGAUUCAAGGAGAUAUGAUACAUACUCGAAUAGUUUAGAAGUAUCAGAUGACGACAACACUGAUGAAAAUGAUAACAACGAUCUUGAAUCACUUGAUUUAGUCACAGAGAAAGAGAUUGAAGAUGAUGGUAUCGAUUUCACAACUUUGUCAUCUCUGACAAAACCAAAUGAAGAAGAUAAAUCAGACGAAAAUGAAGACGAACCCAAAGAUGAAAGCGAAAGUGUAGACGAAAAAGAAGAUGAGAGUGAAGAUGAAGAUGAAACGACUUUAGAUUCUAUUGCCGAUGACACAACAUCAACCACGCGUCGAACUUUAAAGAUUAGAAAGCGACCAUUGAAAAAAAUUGAAGUUUUGGCGACACGACAAACAAUAACAGAAGCAACCGAUGAAGAUUUAAAUGAUGACAAUGAAGAAGUGUUGACAACCACAACUGAAAGUGUUUUAAGAACGAGACCAACAAGACGACGAUUAGUGACCAGAAGAAGAAUUGCGAAUGAAAAUCGUUUCGAUACGUCAAAUAAUUUCCUUCAAUCUCAAUCUCAAACAGAAUCGCAGUCUCAAUCUGAGGUUGAAGAAGAAAGUAUUGAAGUUACUUCAGGUGCAUCUGUGCAAUCGAGACCGACAAGAAAGCGUGUCAUAUUUACACGAACAAGACCAAAAAUUAAUUCUGAAAUUGAAAGUGAAGAUCAAGGAAUUGAACGAAUUUCAAUACCUUUGAAUAAUGAAGGAAAUGAAGAAACUAUUGAAGAAACAAGUGAGAAAUUAAUUGACAGUGUGAAUUUCCGUCGAAUUAAAGUAUUUAGAACUCGUCCAACGACUGGAAGAAUCGCAGAUUCUGAUUCUGAUAGCAUCGCUUUACCUAGAAAUCCAUCACCAAGAACACGUGUCUUUAAACGACCUAUACCAACUAUUGAAGCAGAAAACUCUGAAUCAGAAAUCGAUGAAGAAUCAAAAGCAAUCUCUUCAGAAUCUGACGAUGAUCCUAGAGAAGAAGUUGCUACAAGCUCAACAAGACCUUCAACAAAAAAACGUAUUUACAAAGUUUUACGUACAAAAGCUCCAAAGCUUCUUAUUGAUCGACCACGGCCAGCAUUCAAUUUGAAUACAAGAUCGACGACACUCCAUCCAGCAUCAACACGUUUCUCAAAAGACGCACUGCCAACUCGUGCCAAACAAGUAACUGUGAGAAGAAAGUUCAAGCCUACAGUUGUAAGUUCCGACACAACUGUUGAAGAAAUCGACCAAGAAAAAAGAAUUGCACUUGGGGAGAGGAACAAAAAAAUAUUUUCAAAGGGCUAUCGUAAAUCCCUUACAACAACCACUGCACCAAACAUAACACCAUUCAGUACUAAUGAAAACACAGAAACAACAGAAUUUGACGACGUUGUUGACACAACAGAUAUUCCUCUUGAUAAUAAUGAUGAAAAUGUUUUACAGAAGGAUGUUACAUCAACCAAGCCACGCUUCUCGUUAAGUCGUUUCACCACAACGACAACAACACGACCGACAACUUUACAUCACGUUUUCGCAAUUGAUAUUGAAGAUGAAGAAGAUUCCUCUAAAAACAAAACUGAGAUUAAAGAAAACAAUGCUGAUGAAGUCAUUAAGAAGUUACAGAAACUUAUUGAAAUUAACCGCAUUGUCGAAGUUUACUCGAAGGAAGAGAAACUCAAAUUACUUAAGAAUAAAAAACUCAAAUCGAUUAAACUUUCAGAGUUGACGGUGGAAAAACCUCCAGUUAUCGAUAAAUUUGGAGAAAUUAGUAGAGAAACUAUUAUUAAGCUUGUAAAAAGUAAUUACACAACAACAACAGAAGCAGCAGCGCCAGCAGUUAAUGAAACUCGAUCGCCUAAAAAUAUUGUGUUCGCUGAAACGAUUUUCCCUGAGCCUGAAAUCUCAACGAUAACCUUAGAAGGAUUGUUUGAACGUGAGAAGAAAUCAUAUGACGUCGACACAGACAAAAUUGAAGAGAAUUUACCUGAAAAAUCUUACGUUUCUUCGAGUGUCUUGCGUGCGCCAAUUCCAUUAUUACGUCCCGAAUCAAACGAGACAGAUCCCAUAAUCAUAAGUUUAAAGUCACUUGAUAAAGUUAUUCUUAGCAAAGUUCAGCAGCGCCAAAAAGAAGAUAAUGAGGAAAAUUCUGUAACUGAUAAUCCUUCAGAAGAGACGACUGUGUUGGAUGAAGAUAAUU